GCUGCAUUAUAAUAGUGUCUUGAUUUAUUUAUAUCACGCUUUUUGUUUUAAGGUUAGUUUGACUCUAAACAAUUCACACAUCCUUAUUAUUGGUAAGCGCAGUUUGGGAAUAUAUAGACGUUCUCUUGAUUUAUAAGAUAUGUUCGAAAGCUUCAGUUGAUAUAUAACUUUAUGCAAUUAUUUAGGGAUUUAUUUUCUGUGAGUGAACGACCAAUUUUUCAAGGGCCCACCUGUGGUAGAACAAAUGCUUGGAAGUACUUCAAAAGAACAUACCUGUGAUGGAAGGAUAAAACAGAAACUUUUUUUGAAAAGUUCUGGCAUCAGAAAGGACAUAAAUUAAUUAGCUGACCUUGUUUUUCUUUGACAGAUAUAGUGCUUUUUUCUAGGCAAGGAAUUACUGUUGUGUGUGGUUGCGUAAGUGAAGUGAUGAUGGAAUAACUCUGGGUUCACAACAGGGCAUACAAUGACAACUGACAGAUAUCACCUGUUGCUGUAGGACUUGGUCAUUUUUAAACUGACUUAUAUCACGUGCUGUUACAUGUUGUAGUCAUUUGACAAGCGAAAAGCAUGAUGAACAUUUGACAAAAUGCUGCAACGAGCGACAGACUUUCAUCCAGACGAGAGUAGUAGCUGACAAAAUAGUAUUGGAUAAAAGCGUCUAAGAAAUGACAGCCGAGCUAUCAAUAAAUGAACAGUUCCGAAAUAUCUGCUGGAGAAAUUCACAGAAUAUUAAUUAAAGGUCGACAGUUAUGUGAAUUUAUAAAGAAGGAAUUAUUUUCCUGCGCGUAUUUAACAAAUUGGUAGCAAACUAGAAAAGAAAUGAAAGGCGACAGGAAUGUAUUUAUCAACAGUUCGUGACAGAAAUAGUGUCCUAUUGGGAGUUAUAGAGAUGAUGUUUUUGUAGGAGAUAUUGACGAGUUUCUAUAAAUACUUUAAAAGUAGGAAAAAAUUGUAGAGUAUGAUAUAAAAAUGUUUCUAUAAAUAUAUUGAAAUUUAAAACAAAAACAUACUUAUUUAGAUUGUUUUGUAUGAGGUGAAUAUUUGCAGUAAAGUGUUUAAAAACAAAUUUUCAACAACAAAAUCGCGUAAACACUUGAUUGAUUUCUUGAUACCGAACUGGAUAUAUUUACUAUACAGAUUGAAUGUUGAUAAUUGAAUGCUGAUCAUUCCGCUGAACAGAAAUAAUUAUAGUGACUUGACUGGAAGAAUUGAGACCAGAGUUUUCUCGACACUUAAAGCCUUAUUUAUGAUCCCAACAGCAUCUUUAAACUUGACAAGGAGCAGCUAUUAGCGAGCAGUUACAUUAUCGUCCGUCCAAGAGGCGCUUUAAUUUCAGAAGUCGUUGGCGCCUUCCCAUUAAGGAUAUAGCUACGUAAGAAUGUUCACGUCUAAAACGUAAAUAAGUAGAUGGAUUGCUGUUAAAUAUUAAUGGUGUAACUGAUAUGGAAUUAACAUGUGCUUACGAAUUAUCGGGGAAAUAUUGCAACAAUAUUGUUUUCAUGAAUAGAUAUUUAUGACAUUUGAAAAACAAGAAACGUUAGUAACAUUCCGUGUUUAUCUUGUUACAAAGGCUAUUUUAAUUAGCAAGAUCCCGUUGAUGAGACUUUUUAGUACGAAUAUGGCCAUGUGAGCCAUUGAUAGUUUGAGAGGAAAUAAACGAAACAAUUGAAAAAAGAAAACUAAGCGAACGUGGAUCAAACUCUUUAAAUUUUACAAAGUGCUACUUUUUUAAGUGAUAUAACCUAUGAAGUUAUCAGUUAUGUUUUAAUAAAGUGCACAAGACUUAGAAGGAAUAGACUUAGGCCGAUGCCAGCGAAACCAACAUAUCUACUUUAAAGUACAGUGACAGUGAAAAUGAGUGAAGCAAGUACAUUCUUUGACCAGGAAAUAGUGAAUGCCACUAUAAUGUGUCCACAUCUGUUUGUGAACAGUACCCCUCCAGGAUACUGUAGCCCAUACUUUGACAGAAUCUCGUGCUGGCCUGCAACCCGUGCUAAUACUACAGCACAGCAAACUUGUCCAUUUCAAAACGAUUCUUCAUUGGUUGUAUACAGAUACUGUCCAAGCAAUGGUUCAUGGGAAAAUGCUUUGUCAGAUUACACAUCAUGUAUAGGCGUUGAUCCGACAACAGCUGAUCCCCGAGAUGUAAAGCUUGCAGAAACGUUGAGAGAUAUUUACUUCAUUCUCAGCACUAUUUCAUUAGUUUUUCUACUCAUUACCAUUUUUAUCUUCCAGUAUUUUAGAUCUUUGCAUUGCAGUCGAAUAUCCAUCCACAAACAUUUGGUUGUGUCCUUCAUAUUCCGUUUUAUUGCUAACAUAAUCAUCACUGAACCAUAUAUCUCCAGCCGAGAAACGUCAUAUAGAGACUUGGACUGGCUAUGUAAGACAGUUACAGCGCUUUCCCAGUACACGACUUUGGCAAAUGUAUUUUGGAUGUUUGUAGAAGGGUUUUUCCUGCACCAUAGCCUGGUUCUUGGUGUCUUCAGUACGCAAGCGCCGUUCAAAUUAUUCUACUUUAUCGGCUGGGGUUUACCAGCCAUGUUUACGAUUGCUUGGUCAAUCGUGUUACAUUUCGAACACGAUUCAUACUGUUGGAGCGACUACUCACAGCUAAACAUUUACUACAUUAUAACCAUACCAUUCAUUUCCGCUCUUGUUGUUAAUCUUGUGUUUCUUGUAAAUAUCAUCCGGGUCCUUGUGUCAAAACUUAGAGCAAAUAAUCAUAUAGAAUCAGCAAAUAUCAGAAAAGCAAUAAAAGCCACUGUGGUAUUAAUGCCGUUGCUUGGUAUAACUAAUCUGUUAUUCGUUAUGAGUCCAAGUGAAACACGAUCACUGAAGGUGGCGUACCACGUAACAAAUGCUGUCCUUCACUCGUCACAGGGAAUCUUUGUGGCAAUCCUUUACUGCUUUUUAAAUGGAGAGGUCAGACGUGUAAUAAAGCAGAAAUGGUACCGCUAUAGAAUCCGUCAUGGACGUCAUCCUUCCGGACGAAGACGGAGUUCCAGGACGUCAUCAUUCUUCCUUCCUUCCGGGACUGAGGACGAUGAUCUAACAGAAAAGCCGUGUCCACAGACGACCGAAGCAGAGCAGCUCCGAUUGUUACAGGCAAAUCUCGCACUUAGAAAUGAGACGAUAGAAAACAGCAAAACGUCACCGGAGACUAAUCACGUGGUCACAAAUGGCAGCACAAAUGACUCAAGUACGACACCGACAUUUAUAAAGAAGAAUAAUAAUAACGGUACAGUGCAUUUUGAUCUUGGAUAUGAUAUUGAACGCGAGACAGUGUUGUGAUUUUGUUCAAGUAAUAAAUAUAUUUCGUGAUUCUGGAAAAUUACUCCAAACCAAAAACGAUAUUUGCGAGCGCCUGCAGAUUGAAUGUGGUUCAGAGUGUUAUAUUAAUAUCACAUUAUGCUAUAAAAAUAAGAUAUCAAAUUCAUGCUUAUUCAGAAGUAGAAUAAAACGAGUACUUAAUUUGAUAACUCUUUUUUUUUGUCUUAAUUUGUUUGAUCUUUUAGCAUGGACGCUUAUGUUUAACGACAAUGCUUUCCGUACUUUUUUUGCUUUUAUUUAAAUACUUCGGACCUAUAAUAAAACAGAGAAUUAUAAUUCAUCAAAUGUGACAACAAAUCAUUCUCCUUUAAAGUAAAUGGAAAUGAAGUAACUUGAACAGGUUCGUCAGUCAUCUACUGUAUUUUUUUAAUAACAUGUUUCCCAGUCUUGCAUGCUUGAAGACAUGGCUGAAAUUAUAAAGAAAUCCAGUCAUUUUUAAAUUGUGACUUUUGUCUAAGCAAUCUCUUAUUUUAUUUUGGAUGUGUAUACUUCAUAUAGCUUUUUCCUUAUCAUUUGCCUUUCAAAAUUAUUUUUGUAUAAAUUAUGUUUGUGUAAAAAUGUUACAAAACAUAUAUGUUUGCAUUUUUAGUUAUGAUAUAUCAGACUGAAUUCUAAACUUUAAGAAAUACAAAUAUAUCUUAAAAAACGAACAGAUGUAACAUUUCAACUGCUGUAUUUAGGUAGUAGAACCGUAUGCCAUAUGACUGUUGGCAUAUUACGUAAUCUUCGUAUGUGAUUUCGGCAUUUUCCGGACUUUACGGAAAGUUAUAUGUACGCGUUGAGCUCCUUCUGUCUGAAGAAUGCCGAAUUGCCUAAUGAGAAUUAUGGGUGCACAACCUUAAUAAAGAUAAGGACGUCCGAUUUAUUGUAUAACCAUAAUUACAAUUCAAAAUAACUACGUGAAAGAAAGUUGAAAUCUUCGACUAAACAGAAGUGUAUUUUAUUAAAGGCACGAAUCUAUUUCUUCUUGUUCUGAUCCAGUUUGUGUAUAUUUUUGUAUAUACGUAUAUUGAGAAGAAAUAUGGUCUACGAAGAAUAAAAAUGCUAUUGAACCUUGAAAUAGCGAAUAUUACCAUUUAAGGUAAUACUGUUAUUUGCCUUUCCUACGUAUUUAGUCCCCCCCCCCCCCCCCCUCAACUCCAGUUUUGGCAUCCCACCCCUGCAUGCAAACAUAUUUCUGGUCUAUUCUUAUUCUAAGUCAAAGUUAAAGUUUUGAGGGAUUAAUCAGUACAGAUGAUUCAAAUAUUCCCUAAAAAGAAAUUGUCUUACUGGCUAUACCCCACCGAAAUUGCAUGUCGCAUUUACAAGUGAAGGGGUUGAAUGUAUAUUAUUCACAACAGCUACAACAGUUAUGUAUAACUAUUAAAUGUUCUGCUUGAUGGUUAACAUAUAUUGCAAAAAGGUUUCGUUUACAUUUUGACUCCUUUUAUUUAUUUUGUCGUUUUAAAACUAUAGAUAACAUUAUUAGUACGUAUAAUAGCAACAUAUGUACAUAAAAAACAUAUAUGUAUAAAAUUUCAACAAAUCAAUAGACUUUUCCAGUAAACAUAAACAAAAAGUUUUUUCAGCUAUCCGCAAUUACAUUUUACCGGAUUUGGUUGAUAUACGUGGAACAAGUUGUUCUUUAGUAAGAAUUAAAACAUAUCAGCUGAAUUUUAUUUAUCGUUAAAGGUAUACGCUUUUCUAUAUUACAUCAUGUUUCGUGUUAGUGAAAUCUUGAUCGAUGCCCAUCUGCCAGUAACAUAUUUUAUUGUUAGAUAUUAGUUUCAAAAGUAGAAAAUCUUCAUUAAAUUUAUCUAACUUUACUAGAUAUAUAACGAAAUUGUAUUAUCUUGAACUAAAUUCAUAAUAAAAGUAAUACACUAGCAGUCGAUUGUUAAAAAUCUUCCAUUUCUUUAGCGUUAGUACACAUUUAUAAUAUUUAUUGUGUUUGGCUAUUACAUGGAUUAAGUUAGUACUAUUUAAAACUGUUAAAUUUAUUAAUUUUAUGUUUACAUAAAAUAUACGUGGUAAUUGUUCAUAUGAACCGCACCAUGAGAAAACCAACAAUGAGAAAAUUUGCGAGCAGCAUGGAUCCGCAUCCGCGCAGUCUGGUCAGGAUCCAUGCUGUUCGCUAACAGUUUCUCUAAUUGCAAUAUGCUUUGACAGCGAAAAGCAUGGAUCUUGACCAGACUGGUCUGGAUCCAUGCUGGUCGCAAAGGCACUAUGUUGGUUUUCCCGUGGCGUGGCUCAUAUUUUGAAAUAUGAAAUUUGGGUCUAGUAUACUUUAAAUUUUGUUGACAAUCAAUGGUACUUAAUCAAAUUAUCGAUUUUUACAAUUAUAUGAAGUAUUACUACAUAUAAAUUUGACAAAGUGUUCUUGUGUGAUGUUUAACUCUAUAACAGUUUGCUUUAUGUGUGAACCAGAUGAAAACAACUUUAACAUUUUCAUUGUAUAUCUCAUACAUAUACAUUUUAAUCAACUUCCGCAAAAUAUAUUUGUGCAAAUGAUGUAUAUUAUUUGUUAUAUAUUAAAUUAUAAUGAUUUUACAACUGUCUCAAAUAAUAUAAUAUGAUGUACAUAUUGACGCAUUACAAAUGUAUAUGAAAUAUUAUAUUGUAAAUAAAACGGAGAAAAAAUAAAUUAUCAAAAGUA